AGAGAGUCCGUUGUUCUCUCCGUUCUUUUAUUUUCUUUCUUGAGACUUGAGCAAGGGGAAAAGCAGAAAAGGGUAAAAAUAUCGGUCACUUAGCAUUCUCGAUCUAGACGUUUCAGCGCAUUCUCGAUGAUGAAUAUGAUGGAUUCUACUACUCCGGCUCAGAGCAGCUUACUUGGUUCACAGAGCGAUUCUCAAAGAACUCUGUACCCAUAUGUGACAGGCACUUCAGUGGUUGGCAUUAAAUACAAGGAUGGUGUUCUUUUGGUUGCUGAUAUGGGAGGAUCUUAUGGAUCCACUUUGCGUUACAAGAGUGUGGAGCGACUGAAGCCUGUUGGGAAACACUCCAUUGUUGGUGCAAGUGGUGAGAUUAGUGAUUUCCAAGAGAUCUUGCGCUACCUUGACGAGCUUAUCUUAAAUGAUAAUAUGUGGGAUGAUGGAAAUUCAUUGGGUCCCAAGGAAGUUCACAAUUAUCUUACCCGAGUUAUGUAUAAUCGGCGCAAUAAGUUCAACCCUCUUUGGAAUUCCCUUAUCCUUGGUGGUGUGAAAAACGGACAAAAGUAUCUUGGAACGGUAAAUAUGAUUGGUGUGCAUUAUGAGGACAACCAUAUGGCUACUGGAUUUGGGAAUCACCUUGCACGACCCAUUCUGCGUGAAGAAUGGAAUGAAAACUUGAGCUUUGAAGAAGGUGUCAAGUUACUGGAGAAAUGCAUGCGUGUGCUUUUGUACCGUGAUAGGUCUGCUGUGAACAAGAUUCAGAUAGUGAAAAUCACAGAAGAGGGUGCAACGUCUUUUCCACCAUACUCAUUAAAGACCUACUGGGGCUUCUCUGCUUUUGAGAAUCCAACAUCUGGUGCAGAAGGUUCAUGGUAGGCACUAGCUCGAUAUGUUCUGCAGUCGAGUAAAUGGGCACACUGGGAGUACCUUCGUUCUUCCGUGGUUUUACAAUUACUGCAUCUUUAUUCAAACUAUUAUCUAAUUAGGGAAUAUUGACUGUACCUGUAUGCCGAGAACUGGUUAUUUUAUUGUCCUGCUUUUUUAUGUUUGAAUUGAAAUCUAAUGGAGUGAUGUGCAUUGUCUUUUA